UACUUAAGUUAGCUCCAGCUUCUGCUAAAAAUGCACAGUUAUAUUAAUUGGUCAAUACGUCCCCAGUGGCUUAAAGCAUGACAGCCGGCGCUGUCGUGAUGCUCCAUCGUCCUUAGGAAGUUUACUGUCAGACUUGGAAGGAAAUGGUCCGUCUGUUUAUGCAGAUAGCGGCGGUGAAGAUAUACGCAACGUGCCGCACCAUCCGCUUGAAACGGCUUUAAUACGGCAAUCGGGCUCUUUACUAACUAUACUCGCCGCUGAAAUAUAUUCAUAUAUAUGUAAAAUAGUUAAAAAAAGACAGAGGCGCGCCCUUGGUGUCGACGGGAAGUGCGCGCAUUUGGGCGCCUGUCAGUGGGCUAUCUUUCAGAAGCAGGACAGGUGAGUGUCUGUUGUGGCUGAAGGCUGGUUCUGCUGUCUUACCGCCAUGUCUCAAGAGCACUCACCCCUGCUGCCCAAUGGGGCGUGGAGCAGGCCGGUGAUCUCAGUGACCCCGGCCCCGCGAGCGUCUGUAUCUGGGCGUGAGGAGAUGGGCCUGUUGAACCCGGAGCCGGCGCCCACCACACACCGCAGCCUCAACACCUUCUUUGGGGUGUUCGUGCCCACCGUACUGUCCAUGUUCAGCAUCGUGCUCUUCCUCAGGACAGGUUUCGUCCUGGGCCACGCCGGCCUUCUGCAGGCCCUCCUCAUGCUCUGCGUGGCCUACGUCAUUGUCUCGCUGACCGUCCUGUCAGUCUGUGCCAUCUCCACCAAUGGUGCUGUACAGGGGGGCGGGGCUUACUUUAUGAUCAGCCGCUCGCUGGGGCCCGAGUUUGGCGGCAGCAUCGGCCUGAUGUCCUACCUGUCCAAGGUGUGCGCGUGUGGCGUCUACGUGCUGGGGUUGGUGGAGGCCAUCCUGAACAUCUUCGGCAGGGAUCCAGCCUCCCAGGUCUCCGAGGGCCUACACGUGCUCCCCCAGGGAUACUGGUACACGGUGCUAUACUCGUCUGCGGUGUUACUGGUCUGCCUGGUGAUCUGCCUGGUGGGAGCCCACAUCUACUCCCGGGCCGCCUUCCUCAUCUUCCUGGUGGUGACCAUUUCGCUGCUCUCCAUCUUCAUCAGCCCGCUGGUUCUGGGGCCGCGCAAUUUCACCUUCAGCCACCAGGGCGGCGGCAACCACACCCGCGUCUACAACGCCAGCUUCACUGGCUUCAACAGCACCACACUGCGGAACAACUUGGGCCCGGGAUACACCUUGGACUACAGCACAGACACUAUCAUGUCCUUCGCCACCGUGUUUGCCGUCAUGUUCACCAGCUGCACCGGCGUCAUGGCCGGGGCGAACAUGUCAGGAGAGUUAAAGAACCCCAGCGCCUCCAUCCCCAAGGGCACCAUCACCGCUGUCCUCUACACCUUCUUCGUCUACGUGCUCCUCUUCCUCUUGGUCAGCUCCACCUGUGACAGGGUCUUGCUGGUCCAGGAUUACGGUUUCUUCCAGCGCAUCAACAUCUGGCCACCCUUCGUCAUCAUCGGCGUAUACUGCGCCUCGCUCUCCGCUGCCAUGUGCUGCCUGAUUGGUGCCUCCCGCAUCCUGCACGCUCUGGCGAAGGACCAGCUCUUCGGUCGGCUUCUGGCCCCAGCUGCCAUCACCUCCAGCUCGGGGAACCCGUGGGUGUCGGUUCUGUGUACCUGGGCUCUGGUGCAGUGCGUGGUUUUCGCUGGGCAGCUGAACACCAUCGCCGGCCUCGUCACCGUGUUCUACCUGCUAGCCUACGCCGCCGUCGACCUGGCUUGCCUCAGCCUUGAGUGGGCAUCAGCCCCCAACUUCCGACCCACCUUCCAGUACUUCUCCUGGCACACCUGCUUCCUGGGCAUCGUCAGCUGCGUGGUCAUGAUGUUCGUCAUCAACGCCGUCUACUCCUCAGCCAGCAUAGUGCUGCUGCUGCUCCUGCUGCUGUUCCUGCACUACAGAGCCCCCACCAGCAGUUGGGGCUACAUCAGCCAGGCGCUCAUCUUCCACCAGGUGCGCAAGUUUCUGCUGAUGCUGGAUGUGCGGAAGGAGCACGUGAAGUUCUGGAGGCCACAGGUGCUGCUGAUGGUGGCCAACCCACGUUCCUCUGGACACCUCGUCACCUUCGUGAACCAGCUAAAGAAGGGUGGCCUGUUUGUGCUGGGACACGUGCAGCUGGGGGACCUGGAUGUCCUGCCCUCGGAUCCCAUCCAGCUCCAUUAUAACUACUGGCUGAGCCUGGUGGACAAGCUGGAGGUGAAGGCCUUUGUGGACCUCACACUGUCCCCCUCCGUCCGACAGGGGACACAGCACCUGCUGCGCAUCACUGGCCUCGGUGGCAUGAAACCCAACACGCUGAUCUUGGGCUUCUAUGAUGACUGUGCACCUGAUGACUACUUCCUGCAGGACCCCGCCUUCUCUGAGGGGUCCUGGGCCCGCCGGGGGGAGGACAACUUCGGCGUGGACCUGUCUUCGUUCCGGACCCACUUCCCCCCUGUGCGUGGAGCUGGCUCUCCCCGCUGGCUCUCCCCGGAGGAGUACGUGGGCAUCAUCUCAGAUGCCAUCAAGAUGGGCAAGAACGUGUGCCUGGGCCGUUACUUCUUCCAGUUGGAGGGGGCGUGGCUUCAGCCGCGGAAGGGCGGGGCUGACAGGACUGUGGACGUAUGGCCGCUGGACUUGCUGCGGCCCGAGAGUAGCGGCUGCGUGGAUGUCGGCGUUCUCUUCCUGCUGCAGAUGGCGUGUGUGCUCAACAUGGCCACCGGGUGGCGCCGUGCCCAGCUGCGCAUCUUCCUGUGCGUGGAGGAGGCCAAGGCGGGCAACCAGGGCUGGGUGACCAAGGAGGAGACGCUGCGAGAGCUGCUGGGGAAGCUGCGCAUCCGGGCGUCCAUCGAGAUCGUGCCCUGGGACGCGGUGCUGAGACUGCAGGGUGGGACAGGGGGCGGGGCUGGGACAGGGGGCGGGGCUGGGGCUGGGACCUCCCCUAGCUUUACAAAAUCCAGAGACUUCCUGUCUGGUCUGAAUGGCCUGCUGAUGAAGCACAGUGCCCAGGCCGCGGUCCGCUUUCUGUUCCUGCCCCGCCCCCCAGCAGACCCCAGCCAAUCACAGCAGUACUUGGCAGAGCUGGACGCUCUGACGGAUGGGCUCGGCCCCACCCUCCUGAUCCAUGGCGUCACGCCAGUGACAUGCACCGAGCUCUAAGUGGGUGCCGUCAGAGGGCCUGUACAGAAAUUUAGUUACUUUAGAAUGUUUUACUGGAUCAUCCUUCCACAUCCACCCUUCAGAUGGGAGGGGAGCGAAAGUUUGCUGAAUGCACAGCAGGGGGCAAACUACUGAAACUAAAGACCAGAAAUUCCAGGUAUCUGUGGGGGGGGGAGGGGGGCAAUCCCAGCCAGUGCCAGGCCUGUGCCAAAGUGCAUCUGUUCUCAGAACUAUCAAACACCAUGGGCACAUUACUACUGUAGAUAUUUGCAUAAAAUGGUGUAGCCAGUGACCGCGCGGUUACCGUACUGUAUAGACGUGUCGUACCUGCUGAAUAAUCGGCUGGCAUCACUCAGCUCUUAUUUGCUUAGGUCACAUGACCGAGCAUCUUCAGGGAUGAGUUAGCAUGUGCUGUCAGUUUGCAGCACACCGCAGCAAUAUUGUCCGUGUCAUACCGACGUUUGUGUUCAGCACCACGUCCUUCCUCGGGGCUCGUCUCCACGUUAAUCUUCCCAGAUCGAAGGACACUCACCCGGGGUAAGGAGCUUUCUUUAAGCUAGUAUGUUCUUGUGAACCUUAUUUAAAUCAGCAGAGCCAGCUGUGAGCUCAGGCAGCGCGUGUGGCUGGUCGCAGACGCACGUUAGCAUAAUCAGCGCGAGGUUUUCGUCCUGCUGCAUUUCUGCGUAUGUAAAUGUGCUCACAUUGGGGGGGGGGGGGGGGGGUCACGUUGCCUGGAAAUGCUUUGUUGCUUUUUCAAAGCGCUGGUUCAGCAAGACCUCGUUAUCGUUAAGCCGCAGCAUCUCUUGGGAAUUGCAGCCGUUUAAGGAAAAGGAAAACGGCGAUUACAAGAGUCCUUAUUUCUGUAAAAAGCCAUUAUCGUGUAACUAACUUUGUUUGUGUCUGAAGGGCGAUGACGACAAACUUUACUUCUCCUUUUAAUAAAGUAUAUUAACUAA